UUUUGAGUCGGUUUGUAAACAGUGGUACGCCCCACUGUGUUCGGUUUUCUCGCGAUCAUGAUAAGUGAAGCUAAUAGAUAGAUAGAUAGAUAGAUAGACUCCCUUUAUUGUCAUUGCAAUGUACAGAUGUGAGAUAAAGUUAAAACAAAGUAACAUAUUUAUCGAGGCCAUGAAACUAUACCGGUCGCUCUGUAAUGUCACUAAGUUUCGAACCAGUUUUGACUUUGGAGGACGGGAAGUGGCUCACUGGUUCCCUGGACACAUGGCUAAAGGUUUGAAGCAAAUGAGAGCCAGUCUGAAGAACGUGGACUGCAUCUUGGAAAUACACGAUGCUAGACUCCCCUUCUCUGGAAGAAACCCUGUGUUUCAGGAAAGUCUGGAUGUCAAACCACAUCUGCUGAUUCUUAACAAGAUGGACCUGGCUGACUUGUCAAGUAAACAGAGGAUCCUAAAGGAACUCAAUAAAACCGGAGUCAAGAAUGUUCUCUAUACAGACAGUCUAAAGCAGCGAGAUGACAACGUGAAAAGUUUGGUGCCGAAGGUGGUGGAAAUUAUAGCAAACUCAAACCGCUUUAACAGAGACGAGAAUCAAAAUUAUUGUCUGAUGGUGAUUGGAGUGCCCAAUGUGGGAAAGUCAUCACUUAUUAACUCAUUAAGAAGAACUUAUUUGAAGAAAGGCCGUGCGUCUCGAGUAGGUGGCGAGCCAGGUAUAACUCGAGCAGUCCUCACUAAAAUUCAGGUGUGUGAACGCCCUAUAAUGUACCUGUUGGACACCCCGGGCGUUUUGCCUCCCAGAAUUGAGAGUGUUGAAACAGGCAUGAAGCUGGCUUUAUGUGGAACUAUACUGGACCAUUUAGUUGGUGAGGAUAUCAUUGCUGACUACUUGCUUUAUUCUCUUAACCGGCUGGAAAAGUUCAGUUAUGUGGAAAAAUACAACCUCCAGGAGCCCAGUGAUAACAUUCAGCACGUCCUCAAACACAUCGCAGUGAAACUGAGGAAAACACAGCGGGUCAAAGCCCUCACUGGAGUAGGUGACAUCACCAUCACUGUUCCAAACUACACUGCAGCAGCGUAUGAUUUCAUCCGAGCCUUCAGGAAAGGAGAGCUUGGCCAAGUCAUCCUGGACUGAAACAAGAUGUACAGUAUAUUACUGAAGAUAAACUCCACCAGGAUCCAUCUGGUACAGUUAGACAAUGUUUUGUAAAGUAAAACAAGUCGAUAUUUGCUUAAAGAAUUCAAAAGACAGAAACCUUGACUCGGUUUUAACAUGUAUUUAUUUGCAUUGAGACAGACAACAAAUAUAUUAUGUACCUGUACACAAGUGCUUGAGAUAAGGAACAGUCUAGUGCUCCUAACAAGUGGAAGAGGCUUUGGGAUACAUCACAACAUCUCAAUGUUUGAGCAGCACCACUUGAGUUUUAAAAGGGGACUUUUUAGCUAGUUAGGGACAUUGUGUCUUAACAUCAGUGGUCUCAAAAUGAGCAGAAUGAAAUGUGUGUAAAGAAUAGAAUCAAAUGCUAUGUUCAUGACACGGUUCUAUAAAGAAAAAAAUGUUUAUGAAGUCUUCCAGUGAGCAGAUUAUCCUGUGCGGGGUUGUGGUGUCGAAGUAACUUACUUUGAAGUGCAUAUUCUAAAGUAAAGGUAAUAUUGAUUUU